AUGUCGGGCCAGAUAGAAAACCUCGCGCCCAGCUUCGCGCCGUUCUUCGGCAUGAGCGGCAUCUUCUUCGCAGUGAGUCCCUACCGCAUGGGAGCUGCCUAUGGCACAGCCAAAGCUGGUGUCGGUAUUGCCGGCAUUGGAACAUACAGGCCCGACCUGAUCAUGAAGUCCCUCAUCCCCAUUGUCAUGUCUGGUAUCUUGGCCGUCUACGCCCUCGUCAUCUCCGUCCUCAUCGCCAGCGACAUCAAGCCCCCGCCUGAGAAGCAGUACUCGCUGUUCGCUGGAUUCAUGCACAUGGGUGCUGGUCUCUCUGUAGGCCUGUCUGGUCUGGCUGCAGGCUAUGCGAUUGGCAUUGUUGGAGACGCUGGCGUACGCUCGUUCAUGCGCCAGUCGAGGAUCUUCGUCGGCAUGGUCCUCAUUCUCAUUUUCGCUGAAGUCCUGGGUCUUUACGGACUCAUUGUUGCCCUGAUCAUGAACACCCGCGCCAGUGGCUGAACCAACAACAUAUCUCGUCGUCUUCAUGUACGAAUAUUUGGUGUAGAAACACAACACUUGCAUGCAACAUAUCUGGCGUUAGGAGCGGGAAGUUUACUGUCAAGUUGGGGCGUGUGUUUCGUUGGUACUAGACCUCAAACAGGAGGCUGAGGCUGGGGGAGGUCGAGGGAACGCUGUAUCUCAAGAGGGCAUAUGAAUCGCGGCAGUUCACCAGCUGUGUCGCACUGCAAAUAAAAACAUAUCACGCACCGGUACCGAGCUGAAUCUAGAAUGUCGGCAGAACGCGGUCAACAAUCAAACAAUGGGGCCUUUGCACAUCGAGUACCUUUGGUGCAGUUGGUGACGCUGCCUCGGCCACGCAGC